AUGUCUGCUGAGCAGAAUCAGAAACUAGCUGAGCUUUUGGAGCUCCUGAAACUUAACAAUGGGGACAUUUCUAAGUUGACCCAGGAACAGAGGAAGGAAAUGAAGGAUUACAAGUUUUGGAAAACCCAACCGGUAACGAGGCUUGAUGAAUCUGUCGAUAAGGAGGGCCCCAUUGAUAGGAAGAAAACUCCGGAGGAAAUUUCUGAGUUGCCAUUGCCAUUGUUAGGCGAUUUUGAAUGGUGUACUGUGGACGUAACGGAUCAAAAUCAAUUGGAAGAUGUGUUUCUGUUGCUGAAUGAAAACUACGUCGAAGAUCGUGAUUCUACGUUUAGAUUCAAGUAUACUCGUGAAUUCUUCAAUUGGUCCUUGAGAUCUCCAGGCUGGAAGAAGGACUGGCACGUUGGUGUGCGAGUGCGUUCUAGUAAGAAACUCGUAGCUUUUAUUUCAGCCAUACCUGUUGACCUGAAGGUCAGGGAGAACACUGUACGCAGUGUUGAGAUCAAUUUUCUGUGCGUUCAUAAGCAAUUGAGGGGCAAGAGAUUGACUCCUGUACUUAUCAAGGAGAUAACUAGACGUGUCAACAGGUGCGAUAUAUGGUAUGCGUUGUACACUUCGGGUACAGUGCUACCAUCUCCAGUGAGUGUUUGUAGGUAUACACACCGCCCUUUGAACUGGGGUAAACUACAUGAGGUUGGCUUCACUCAUAUGCCAAGCCAUGCCACUCGGAUGCAGAUGAAUGCUAAGUAUGCUUUGCCUGAGAAGACGAAUACUGACGGCCUAAGACCAAUGGAGGAAAAGGAUCUUGCUCAAGCGCAUCAGUUGCUUGAAGCAUACCAGGCAAGGUUUGACCUCGUACAGACGUUUACUAAGGAAGAGUUCAAACACUGGUUUCUGGGGAACGAUGAAGGGACAGAGAACACUGAGAAAGUUAUUUUCUCCUAUGUUGUCGAGAAAGAUGGGAAGAUUACUGAUUUCUUCUCUUUCUACUCGUUGCCAUUCACUAUCUUAAACAAUUCCGUUCAUAAAGAACUGGGUAUUGGAUAUCUUUUCUACUACGCAUCCGAUGCGGACCUUGAGUACAGUGAUAGAUUCAGCAAAGAGGCUACAGAGACUUUGAAAAAGAGGUUGUGUUCACUGAUGAACGAUGCGUGUAUCCUGGCUCGUGAUGCCAAGAUGGACGUUUUUAACGCAUUAACGUCACAGGAUAACACUCUGUUCCUAGAUCCAUUGAAAUUUGGACCUGGCGAUGGGUUCUUGAAUUUUUACCUAUUCAACUACAGAGCUUUCCCGAUCACUGGUGGCAUUAAAGAGGACAAGACUUAUGAUACCCAAAAGCGUAGUAACGUUGGUGUCGUAAUGUUAUAG